UGUCCAUCUCUGUAAAAGUUUUCUCGAUCCAACUAAAUUUAAUGUCAUUAUUUUCAACAAAGGAAUAAGCUGUAGCUACUUAGUUUGUGUUUUCGAACAACGCUGCGGAUCGUUGUUGCGCGUAGACAACAAAGAUAAAACGUCCUGAAAGCAGAGUGCGGUAUAACUUGGUACCUAUAAUUUCACGUGUGUUUUUUGAAAUGGUGAACUCGGGUGGUUUAAAAUAGACAGCCAAGUACAGUAUUCGAGUGGUGCAUGCCCCCUGUCCGCUUCCGAAGUCCAGCUCCACAUCACGUGCCAAAAUGAGAAGAAGCUCAUGAUUUUCUGAUUUGUGAAAGUUUGCUUUUCAAAAUCCCACUCGCUGAUUGGUGUAUGACUGUGGUUUGUCGUUUAAUUCUGGUCAUUUAGGAAUAAUAGGAUGUGUAACAACAAGGGGAUUGUACAUGUAGUCAAUGUACGGAAACUUUUUGUCAGUUGUAGGGACGUAACCUUACGAGAAAGCGUCCACUUUUGGUUUCUCCCCGCUGGAGAGAGGAGUAAACAGGAGGUGUCCUUCCUGCGGGUUGCGACGCUGGACACUUGCCCAGGGUGGUUCCAUUUUUUCUUUAAUAUUCGUGGUUAGGACUUGGGUUCAGAAGGUGAAUAGUUGGGAGUUGUCGGGUUGAACAUUUCAGAAGUGGGGAGGACCUUCUGGAAAGUGCCGCGUUUUAUCUUGAAGAAUCUUCAUGAAUGUCCUGCGGGGGAAGCACGCGACCACGAAUCGGUUUCGGUCUUAGGGAGUGGUGUGGACUUUCUUGACACACGAGGAAUUCACUGGAAGUCCGAAGUUGGGUGCACUCCACGUACAGGAGCCCAGAAGAUCGAGACGGUGUAGAGCAGUGGUAGGGCAGGGCUGUUAAACGGGGAUUUUUUUCCCUUUUUUUGGGUCUAUAAUAAGCUUUUGUGACGAGAUAUGCAGCGACGCACGAUAGCUUCGCUUGUCUCAAGCCUUGCACACCAUGGUACAUUUGUGGUGUGGCUAUCUCCCACGGCGGGACUUAGCUGCCCCGCCGUUCGUCGUUGCGUAUCAGGGGUAGCAGAAACGGUGACGGAAACUGUCAAAACAUCAAAUGCCCGAAUGGCCCGAAGGGCGGGAGCCGUAGCUCUGUGCGGGGCCAUGGGAUGGGCAGCAGCUAGUGCCGCCGAAGAUGUUUACAUCUAUGAUCAAUGUAGCAGCAAGGCUCUUGAGAAGGCAUCACAAGAUCCACGACUGAAGGAAUAUAUCGGAGAGGGGAUCAAGUUAGGUCAAUGGCACUGGUAUGAGGCUUCCCUCGCAGUGGCUCACAAAGGAAUGUCAGCGUCAUGCAGUUUCCCUGUAUACGGCUCCCAUGGAACGGCUAAUCUACAUCUCAAGGCAGUGCGUUUACACGGUAGAAGAGAAUCAGUUUUCCACAAUAUAUUUGGAGGAGGUCAAUGGGAAGUUUUGAUGCUGGAGGCUCAAGUACCUGGGUUUACAGAUGGAAUUUCAGCUUCGUCUUCUCAAAGGAUAAAUCUUAUGCAGACAUCAGAUGAACCCAAGACCGGAGAUGGUGCGAAGGGGGAGGAAGCGGGCCCUUGCAUAUCUGCUAAUUUACAAGAAGUUUAAAGUAUUCCGCGCCCAACGUCUUCCAACGUCACCCUCUACUUUCAUUGAAGUUGUGGGAGUAAUUGCAGUCUAUGGUGAGUGAUUUCUUACAGAAGAUCUCUCUAGGUGUUGGUGAGUGAGAUUUUCUGUCAAGGCGGAAGACCAUUCGUAAAUGGUGCCACAAUGUCCUCAACCAUUUGGUAUUGAUGAAGAAAAAGGCCCCCGUACAAGAAUCUGAAGCAUAUCUAAUCGAGCUGAAAGUUUUUGAUCACGGAACUCGUUCAGCCCUGCUCUAGUUCGUGACUUGUUUUCUGAUGUCCAAUCUCUGCAAUUCUUGUAAGUGUUCUAGCUUGGAAUUGAUUGUCUCAAGGGCUAAGAAUGCUAGUUGUACGCAGCGAGUAUAUUGACAUUCUAAAAACUUCUUGGUUGCUAAAUGUCUCUAAAUGAGAAAGUGUGCUAGUAUUGAGAGUUGUAUAAUUUCAGAACUUUUGCAAAUGUGCUUGUCCUAGCGGUGUUAGGUGUUGUUUAGUCAGACAUUCCGCAGGCUAGAGGCGGUAUUGUACCCAAAGUCUGAUGGUGAUUGUAAGACCUUCCGUGAGUGUGAAACUGAGACUUUAUGAGCGUAGAACUGCUCUGUUUAAACGAGUACAGAGGCUGACUUACAAAUAAAAUCCUUCAUAAGUUACCAACACGGACGACAUUUAGGCAACGGUUUGUCAGUGAGAUGUAUAAAGCUAGAGUAUCUAUGUUAGGACCUCAUCUCUACGCUUUAACUCGAAUUCAGGAGCGAAUGAAUAGACUUUCUUGAGAACGCUACAAUAGAGACCUUUAGCUGGCAGUGAUGCCAUGUACACAGAAGUAAUGUGAGAAUAUCUUAGAUUUUGCUCUGGCAUUAUUCUUUGUCACAAUUUUCAUAGGCAGCAGUAAGAUGUACCGUGAAUAAACAUUCCGCAAAGAAUUGUUUAUGCACUAUUUCUGAGUUCGACCGUUUUGAUGACCUAGGCGCAGUUGAUUGUUAAGCAGGGAGGAAAUCUUGCACCUCGAGAGUCGAAAGGAUCUUCAGCCUUGAGACUUUGAUAAUUUCAUGAGAAGGCUUCUGCAUCUCGCUUUUAUAUGGCUAUAAUUAUCAGUUCCUUUCACAAAGUUCUUGCGUCUAUAUCGAGAACACGCUACUCAUGAAGAUGAAUAUUUACUAGUUGCCUGACCAUUCGUGCUAACAAACCUGUAAUGUAGACGAAAUUUGUGAAGCCAGGUUCAAAUAGAUCAGAAAAGAUGAAGUUUAGACCAAGUUAUGUGAUGAGGGUCAGAAUUUGAGGUGAACCUGAAUCUGAUAUGAUUGAUAUUCGAUUUGAUGAUCUGCUGGAAAUAGUUCAGGGAAUAUGAAACAGAGUACGAGAGGUUACAAGCUACUGAUCUCACAAGCAGGGCACUGGAGGAAUCGUAUAAGCCUGUCGUCACGGAGCAGGAAAGACCACUUCGUGUCGAACCUAUGUGUCCCUUCCUUCUGCACAUUACAUCAGACUUAUGUUGGUCAUAAUUUACGUCAGA